GUGGGUUUGUUUGGAUGGGUCGUGUUGGCUACCUAGUGUGGAAUUGAGGUCAUUAACACAGUCUAGACGUUGGGUAAGGAAAGUUGAAUGUGACGACCGUGAAGACAAAUAUUGAGUGGAUCAGUAAAGUGAGGUACUAUAUAGAGAACUGUUAUUUUCAUGAAAAAUUUUCAAAGCUACAAAGAAAGGUGUCGCUUGUUUUCUGUACUCACUGCUUCGUUUGGCUUUCAGCCGGUUAUCACCUCUGUCUGCUCUGCUGGAAAUACAGAAGUACCAGCUUAACUAACCCGGCGAUAACGCGGAUCGUCGAAGUUGCAAAGCAGUUCAGAAACCAGUAUAUCAUUAUCACUGUAUCAGAGUACAACCCUGUGGCCUCAAACUUCAAAGUAGCAACGAUCGGAGUCUAGUCUUGUUAGAAAAGUUUUUUACAGUAAGCAUUUCAACCGCACAUUAUUUGCACGUCGCUACCGAGUAGUCCUUUCGCCCGAUACCAGAACUCAUUAGGUCGGCUGAGCUCCUAAAACACAGAGCCAAGUCGAUUGGACUAGAUCCAUUUUUGGAAGCUCCAGACGUUUUUAGUAUGGAAUGUAGUAUAUCAGCCGCUUAUCCUAAACAUCCUUCUGGUGGGUCAAACUUGAAGACCAGCAGUCCGCCCAAAACUGGGCUGCAUGUAAACUUUGAUACUGAGGGGGAGGAGGUGUCCGAGAGGAAGAAAAAAUACCUCACAGCCAAGUAUGGCCAACAUCAGAUGAGUCUGAUCAAGAAGAGACUACGCGUCGAGAUGUGGAUGUACGACCAACUCCAGUCGCUAUACGGGUGUACGGAUGACUCUGACAACCACAGUGUAGAGAUUGAUCUGGAUGAAGUUCUUGAUAUGGACACAGAUAUCACCAGAAGACAAUGGCUUAGGGAAAAAGUAGUAGGUGCCAAAUCUUCAAGAGACACUAUUGAGAAAUUCAUCGAUGAACUUCUACAGCGUGCUAAAACCUUGUGAAUCUGCUGUGUCAGCAGUGAAUCAUUCAGGACAGACAAAAAGAAGAAACAUAUUGUUUGUGUAACCAUUACCAUUCUGUAAGACAAGAUCGUGUUACCAGGACAACUCCUGUAAUGUUUCAUAGAUCAUUGACACCGCCCAUUUCAUCUCAUUAUUGUUUGAAUCAAGCUAGUGGGUAGAUACAUUCUCUCAUCCCAAGUUAUAGUUUUAUUUCUAUACUCUGCAUAAUGCUGAUACCAAAAUGAACUGACCAUCAGUUAUAGUUUUUUUCUGUAUAUUCUUAAUGCUGAUGUCAGUACUUACUGGUUUUUGGUUAUAGUUUUGUUUCUGUAUUCUGCUUAAUGCUGAUGUCAGUACUUACUGGUUUUUGGUUAUAGUUUUGUUUCUGUAUUCUGAUUAAUGCUGAUGUCAGUACUUACUGGUCUUUGGUUAUAGUUUUGUUUCUGUAUUCUGCUUAAUGCUGAUGUCAGUAGUUACUGGCAUUUGGUUAUAGUUUUUUUGGUACACUGCUUAAUGCUGAUGUCAGUACUUAUUGACCUCUGGUUAUAGUUUUGUUUGUAUACAAUGCUUUCCGAUUUUAGUUUAAUACCAUAUGUUAUUGCAGUAUGUUUUAUUUGUGAAAGUGUUAGUAAGUACAGUUCGUUAUUUAGGUUAAAUGAUAAAGAAUUCUAGCUGAAAAGAUGAAAUAUAUUUUUAAAAUUAUUGAUUUACAAACUCAGGUUUUCACUAAUAUUCAAACUGUCUGAGAUUCAAAAAACACAAGUUUGGGAAUAUUAUGUAAAACACAGGUAAUGGUUGUUGUGGUAAGUGUUAAUUAAUAUUUGUGUUUCUGUUUUAGUGGUUUAUCAACUUCUACAUGUGGAACUAUAACAAUGAUAAAUGAUUAAAAUAAAUAUUUAGAAUAAUUACUUUGACAUCAGUGUACAUUACAUUUGGUGAUUUAGUUCUGUAUUUUGUUGCUAUAUAUAUAUAUAUUUGUGAAGAGUGUGUUUGCUGAAACAUUUAAAAGUUAUUUUCACUCUGAGAUUUAACCUUGGCAAUAUUAAGUCACAACAGAUACAAUUUUGUAUACCACUUUGUUUUAUCCUUCAAAAUAUUAUAGUAAUAAAAACCACAUUUUAACAGUCACCUCAAUACUAGUCAUUUACCACUUGAAACAGAAACAUUUUUUUUCUUUCAUUGAAAUGUUGUAAGUUUAGGCAAGUAACAACAUUUGUUAACAAAUACCUUGAAAACAGUUACAUUGUGUGUGUCAUAAAAGUUAAAAUGUUUGUGUGCAUGAACACAUUAAAUUAAGAAUUCUUUAAUAAAUACAAAAUCAGUUCAUGGCCUUUUCAUUAUAUAUUUGUUGUAGUUCAGUAACCAAAACAUAGCUAUAAAGUUUGUUCCAAUUGUAAUGAUUAGUAAGUGUAAUUGUAUAAGUGAGGCAGGAUAUAUAUUUGAUACAAAUAGUUCAUCCAUUGGCUGGUUUUUGUAGAUGUUUUCAAUAGUGUCAUUGAUGUUUAACUUGGUGAAGUACAUGUAUAUGAUUAUCUUGGUGUAUAACUAACAAGAGCUAAAGUUUUCAGUGACCUAGCCAUGCCAGUAUGAUAACUUAGUGCCACAGCAGCUCAAAGUAAACGUACAAUCAUAUUGACAUUUUAUAUGUAGACAUGUAUGUGUGUAUAUAUAUAUAUAUAUCUUGUGUCAGUAGGCCAGGCUUUUCUGUAUGUGUGUUACAGAACAUUCAAAUGCUUAUUUGAUAACAUUGAUUUAUGCCAGAUUGUAUGGGUGCAUAAAAAAAUCAGCUAAUUCUGCUUAAUCAUAUACUGAGAGCUCAGCAUAAAGUGUAACUUCAUCCAUAGCAACAAUAAGGCAGUUAAAAGCCAUUAGAAAUUUUAAUCCUACCAUUGUCUACCAAGUCCAAAAUUUGAAUUGAACAUAAUACAAGCAUCUUCAUCUUUGUCUGCAGCAGAAUGAGGUUACUUAAAAAAUGAUUGUAUAGUGGGGACCUAAAAACCACAAAGGAUAAUAAAAGUAUAUAAAAAAAAAUCAAACAUUGUCAUCCACAAUAUAUUGGCAUAUAUCCAUUCUAUACCUUUUAAGUGAGAUUUUUAUGUACUAAAAUGUGAUUUCCUUUUUUAAUUACUAUACUCUUUAUCAUGCUAGUUUUUGCAUUACUUUAUAUAAUUGAAAGAGAAAAAAAAAGAGGUGCAUGCACUUUUGGUUACUGGUUUUGUACGUGCAUCAUGUGCAUUAAACAACUAGAUAGCACUCCAUUGUGAUACUGAGGCAAAACUAACACACCUAAUUAAAUCUUGACUCUUUAAUGCACCCACCCUCCAAAAUAAACUAUUCACAAGUAUCUUUUUUUGUUCAUUAUAUGGGAUAUAUGUUCAAAAUAUUCCAAACAAUUACAAAAAAUAUACUUGGAUAUAGUUUACUUUGGAAGGAGGGUGCAUAAAGAAUUUUGACUUUGGUUAGAGUAAUUUCCAUGACCUUUGGAUUUUUGACUCCACAGAUAUCCUAUUAUGAAACUAUUUUCAGGAUAAUAAUGGUAAGCCAAUUCAUAUUUGCUAGGGUAUUUAAAGGGAAACUCUAGAAUUAACACAAUGAUAACUCAGAUCUUCAAUACAGAGCAUCUAAAAUAGUUUAACAAAAUUCUCCAUUUAAAUAUGAUGAUAUUUUUUUAAUAUAAUGGCAGAUUAUGGAGGCUGCCUUGUUCCCUUCAUACAGAAAGAUAUGCACAUGUGAUUGGCUUAAUGGCAUGUGCUGCACUUUACUGUUUGCUUCAGAAUUCAGUGACUAGAGGCAGUCCAGGUUCUCAGAAAAAUGCAUAUAUCUAUAGAAAUAUUAAAUAGAAUGUAUGCAGAGAAAUUUGGAAAUUCUGUGGAGCAUUUUCUGUGUUUAAUAUUAGCAGUAAUAAUGGUUUGUUAUAAAAUGUAAAUCACAUACAUGUAGCUUUAUCAAACAAUUUAUGGGUGAAAUACUUUCAAUUUAAUGUAUCAAGCAUUUUUUCAAUAAAUAAAAAUACAGAAAUCUAAUUUAUCCAUACGGUACAAAUAAUUCUGUACAAUUUUGUAAUAAAUAAUAGGCAUCAGAGUAGAAUAAUUUGGUUUACAGAUUAUCAAAAUUACAUUUUCUUGUAUUUCUACUGUUUAUCAUUACAAAAAUAAACUUGCCAUUAUAAAUUAUAUAAGCGAUUUACUGCCUGUACUGCUUAGCUCACCCUCUAGCAGCCACUUUUUUCACAAAAAAUUACUGUAACUGACUUCAUCUGCUUAUUUUGUAUAAAUAAGUAUUCUUUUUUUCUUUAUAUCUGCCUCCACAGUAAAAAAAUUUGCAUUUGCAUCAUUCAUUUAAUACCCUUAUUCUGCUUUUUGUUUUAGUUUACUUUCAAUGCAUAGAUCAAAUAGAGAAAAAAUUGUUUAUCAAUGUUUUCUUUAUAAUCUUACGCAGUCAUGGAGGUGAAUGUAUGUAGAGUAGCAAAGGUCACCACGGGGUUUUUUUAUUUUUUGUUGAUCUACCUGACUUUUCAACAGAUUUUGAACUGAUUCACUUUUUUAAGAUAAAGCUAUUAGUUGUAGUUGGAUCCAAUUGUUCAAUUGCUUGAAUGAGCCUGUUAAUGAUGACAAAGAAAACAAAAAGCAUCCACUUCAGGUGUUAAAGUUACUUGUGCCUGUUUCAAACGAAGCUCCCACCCUUUUUCAAAUCUUUUUUUUAAAGUUAUUUAGACUUUGGUGGUCUAUGUGUAGAAAUUUUAUGUUUUAUCAAACAAUUGCUACUCAAACACUAAAUAUUGUAGCAAAAAUACUUCAACUCCUUUCUCUGUUAAUAGAUGUUAUUAUGUUAGAUAGCAAAUAUAAUGGCUAAAUUACUAGUCAUUAAAGUUUUAAAGGCCAAAUAUGAAGGAUCCAAAUGAUCAUGCAACUAAUUUCCAGAAAGAAAGCACUGAAAUGUGUCAGAUAUUUAAAAUAACAAUAUUUGAGAAGUGUGCAUUUCCUGUUGUUUCUCAGUAGUGCUUUUGUUUAAAGAAAUAUAUCCAGUAAGUUAUUAACAGUUUCAUUGGAUCCUGUAGGUUCUAUGGUUUUUGAGGAAUUCCUUUCUCUGCAGAUUUGGGCUGCCUCAACUUCUGACCUUGUCCUUGUACAGGUCCCACUAGUUCCCAGCCAUAACCUGCUAAAGUACAUGACCAAGUAUAAGAUGUGCGGUUAGACUAACAAUAAGCAUGAUAAAAAGGAUGUUACAUUUUCAUCCCAAACCUCCAUUAGAUCCCAAAACGAAUUUAGAAACAAUUACAAUGACAAAGAAAUGGAUGCAUAACCUAGGAACAAGACACACUAUGAGUACAUUUACUUUUGGUAGGAAUGUGAGGAACAUUUGACCACUAAAUGUUUCAAUGUGGGUUUAUGAGCUAGUUUUAUUGGUGCAAAACUUCAACAGUACCUUGCCAAUACUUUUAAAGCAUCACUUCCUCCACUAAGCCAAGAGAGAGUAGAAUUACUGGAGACAAGGGUGUUUAGACUAUUACAAAACUGCUUGAAAUGUAUGCAUCCAAUUGAUCUACAGUAGGUGAGUAGGCUGUCAAUGUUUGCAUGACAUGAGCUGGAGUACAACCUAACAGCAUACAAAAUACAGUUUAUCUUUUUACUGUUUAUGGACAGGGAAUGUAUUUGAGGUUAAUCUAGUAAAAAAUGAGAUUUUUACCUUCAUUAAAACAAAAAAUUACAUAGCAUAUAAAAUAUAGUAUAUCUUAUUAUUUUUGCAUGGGUAGGGCAGGUAUUUGAACUUUAGCUUACAAAAAAUGAGACUGUCUUAACCAGUUUCUGUGAACAAAGCAAUAAAAUCUUGCCUUGUGUCCAUUCAUAGUUUCUGAUCUUAGCAAAUGUAAAAUUCACAGUACUCCAUUUGAAGAGGGAAAACCCUUGAAAAUUA